AUGCUGAACUUCAGCCCACUUUCCUCACUGCCAACACCUAACGCAUACCUCUGCCUGUCCAAGCUUGAAUUCACUCAAGGCUUAGCUCAGAGGGAAACUGGAAGCACAGAGAGGUAUCUGCAGGCUGCAGCGCUACAGCCCAACACAUAUCGUCUUUUUGCUUUUCUCUGGACUCGGAUAGUUCUAGAGUAUGACCUUAUGAUACAAAUGAAUCAGUUGCAUAAGCAACAGCUUAAAAUGCUAGAGGCUAUUUUUGAAGAUAAGCAACUGAUGCAGUAUCUUAUUGAUGCUAAAUAUGACCUAGUUCUCACUGAUCCUGCAGUUGGUGGUGGUGUUCUUCUGGGACACCGUUUGGGUCUUCCACUUGUCUUUAAUGUCAGAUGGACUAUUCAGGGCGAAGGACAUGAAGCCAUUGCACCUUCCCCUCUUUCCUAUGUCCCAAUACCAGGAUCAGAGCUUACUGAUAGAAUGACAUUCAUGCAGAGGGUCAAAAAUUUACUAUUUUAUUUGAUCUCACGCAUGCAAGUUUGGUAUAUUACAGAACCAAACUACAAACCCUUUGUCCAUCAACAUUUCGGCAAAGACGUAAAUCACAUGGAGCUGUUUCAAGCAGCUGACAUCUGGCUGAUGAGAAACGACUUCACCUUCGAGUUUCCACGACCAACAAUGCCAAACAUUGUCUAUAUGUCAGGGUUCCAGUGCAAACCCUCCAAACCUCUCCCCCAGGAACUGGAGGAUUUUGUUCAGAGUUCAGGAGAACAUGGUGUCAUAGUGAUGACAUUGGUGACAUUGGUGGGACAGCUUCCUGAGGAUCUCACUGAGGACAUUGCUGCAGCUUUUGCUGAGCUCCCUCAAAAGGUGAUCUGGAGGCACAAAGGAAAGAAACCAUCCACACUUGGCAACAAUACCUUACUCUUGGACUGGUUACCCCAAAAUGAUCUCCUGGGUCACCCCAAAACUAAACUAUUUGUAGCUCAUGGGGGCACUAACGGAAUGCAAGAGGCAAUCUAUCAUGGAGUCCCUCUCGUUGAUUUGCCUCUCAUGUUUGAUCAGCAAGAUAACUUCUUCAGAAUGGCAUCAAGAGGAGUGGCCAAAGUCCUGGACUAUGGAACAGUGAAUAAAGAAAUCUUCCUGGAGGGCCUGAAGGAGGUUCUUUAUGAACCUUCUUACAGAGAAAAGAUGAAGAAGCUGUCCAGUCUUCAGAGAGAUCAGCCAAUGAAACCUUUGGACCGAGCCAUUUUCUGGAUCGAGUUUGUUAUGAGGCAUAAAGGAGCAGCCCAUCUGAGGACAGAGUCCUACAAGAUGUCGAAAAUCCAAUACUACUCCAUUGAUGUUUUGGCAUUCCUGUUAAGCAUUAUUCUGCUUCUCUUUAGUGUUUUCAUUUCUGUUAUUAGGUUUCUCUGGAAAAGACUCUUUUAUAGACCCAAAGCCAAAAAGGAAUGACGAACAUGCUGCCAGGCAGUAGCAAAUGUACUGUAUAUAGAGGGCAGUUCUUAAACAUGCAGCCAGCUGGUUAUUGUUCUACCAUUUUCUGCCUUUAUUUUUGUAGUAUAUUUUUUAAUGGCAAAGGCUAUUUGGUAGAAACAACAUUAAAUACUUUUUAAACAAGUUGUGCCAGAAGGGCAUGAUUUCAUGUAACAAAAAAUAUAAAUAUAUAAUCUAAAACCUGAAAGAAAUAAACAUCACUUCUCUUUUUCCGCUUUUAGCAAAUGCCUUGGGGCAGUUUUCCUCUGUAUCUUUAAGCACUGUUUUGAAAUAUAU